UAUGAUGUUUUAUUUUAAUUACAAAUAUGAUGGAUUUAUAUGUGAUAUAUUAUAAGAUGUAGUUAAGUUAAAUAAGAAAGCAAUGUAUGCAAAAAAGUCAGGAUUAAUAAUAUUAGGAGGAGGAGUAGUAAAACAUCAUUUAAUGAAUGCAAAUAUUUGGAGAAAUGGUGCAGAUUGGGCAGUAUUUAUAAAUACAGGAAUUUAAUAUGAUGGAAGUGAUGCAGGUGCAAAACCAUCAGAAGGAAUAACUUGGGGUAAAUUAAGAAUUGAUGCAGAGUAUGUCAAAGUAUUUUGUGAGGCAACUCUUGUUUUCCCUUUAGUAAUUGCAUAAACAUUUGCUAAAAAUUUUAAUGAAGCAAAAAGAGUCUGA